AUGGCUAGAACAUUAAUGUUGCCAAGCUUAAUUCCAACCACCACUGGCACUCCUACAACAGCCACUCCGAUUAAUAAUAGCAAUACCGAUAAUGCUGCUAAACCAUUAUACACAUCACAAACUCAUUUUAGUACUGUGAUAUCUCCUACUGUAACUAACCCCAUUAAUAAUAAUGGUAGUUCUAAUUUAAAUUAUUCGUCAUCGGCUCACGUCAUUCUGCCACCCAUUUCCAGUUUUGAUAACGGAAAUCGCACGGUUAUUAACACGCCGCCUCCCAAAGUAUUGUUACCUAGCAUAAAUAAUAAUAGUAAUAAUCUCAACACUAUCAACUCUCCUGUUGCUACUACUACUACGACUACGACUACGACUACUAAUGGUAGCGGUAACACUUUGGCAUUUUAUCACCAUGAUGGUGGUAACAACACUAAUAAUGUUUUAUCGCCUUCUCCAUCACCAACUUUACGACUCCAGAGAUAUUCAGUGCCAUUAAUUCAUAGUAGUAGUGGUGUUGGUAUAAACAAUAUUAAUACAAGCAAUACUAGUAUUCCUAGCAUUGGUAGUAAUCCUACUUCGCCUAUUAUGAUGCUAAAUCAUGAACAAAGGAUUUUUAAAAAUGGUGUUGGUGGUACUACUACUAGUAGCAGCAGUAGCAGUAGUAGCAGAAGUAAUAGCAGAAGUAAUACACUCUCUAACACGUCUACAAAUAAUAAUAAACCAAGAAAAAAGAAAGAAUGUCCUAUAUGUCAUAAUUUUUACGCAAAUUUAUCCACUCAUAAAUCAACACAUCUAACACCGGAAGAUAGACCACAUAAGUGUCCUAUCUGUGAGAGGGGGUUUGCCAGGAGUAAUGACUUAAUUCGUCACAAAAAAAGGCAUUGGAGAGAUGAAUUAUGUUGCAACAACAACAACAAUAACAAUAACAACAACAAUAAUAAUAAUGCCGUUAAUGGUAAUUUUAGCGGGCACACUAAUGGCACUGGUGCUAAUUCGGGCAAUAGCAAUGGUAAUAACUAUCCAUUGAGUAAAGAACAGUUGGAGAAACUACACAACGUCAAGGGUACCUAUAAGUGUCCAUUUAAUGAAAAUUUGAUCAAUUUAGAUAUGGAGUUGUAUCCUUAUAAGAAUAAUGCUGUCGCUGGUAAUACAACGACCGGCGAUAUGAUUACAACAGGGGUUAAAAGUUUACCAUUUGAGACCAGUAACUGUCAUCAAACUGGUAUUUUUUCCAGGUGUGAUACUUAUAAGAAUCAUCUGAAAGCUUUGCAUUUUGAAUACCCUCCUGGUACUAAAAAAGCUGAAAGGCCUUUUGUUCAUGGCAGAUGUAAACAUUGCGGAAUGAAAUUUGUUAAUGUUGACGUUUGGUUAGAUGAACAUGUAGGCAAGGCAGGUGGAUGUGGGUAUAUAUAUCAUUGA